UGAAAGGGAAGGACCAGCCAACGCUGCUUCCAACUGGCAGACACUCAGCAGCUCGACAUCACCCGCUACUUCGUAUACUGGAUGCUCUUCGGCCACCUGGCCACUGCACCACCUUUGACGAAACCCGUUGGCAUCAGCGGUGGACGAGCUCGCAGGAACAUCCCGCGCCCGCCUGCCCGAAUGGUACAAACUAGCUACCUGGUACGUCCGACUCGCCGAGAUGCCACGUUUACUCACGAAUAGAGCCGUCAGCCACGCUGCUCGUCCGAAUCGCCUUCACGCUGUGCGGAGACAAUGCAGUCACGUCGGUCCCUGAGUCACCGUCUCGGACUAGCCCUCGCGUAGGCGAUUGACGAUGUCCGCCUGCCUAUUCGGUGCGUCUAGCGUCACGAGCGGGAUGAACCCUGAAUGUGAUUGUCAACGGCCCCGUCCCAGGCUUCAGCUGUGAGUUGUCCGGGCUGUCGGCGCGGCACGGUCAUUUCCGACGCGGGGUUGCCAGUGUCUCACUGCCCGGCCUGCCGAUCAAAAAGGACUGCCCGAACUGCUCAUGAGCUGUUCCUCUCUCCCAAUCCAUCGCAUUCGCCAACAUGGAGCAGCUCUACAUCGACAACACCAUGCCGCAGCAGGCCCUCGGGGCGGCCCCGGCGGACCUGCUGAGGGAAAGCCUGGAAACGCUCGUCACGACGCACCCGCCGCAGGAAUCCUACGACCCCGAGACGUGCAUAGGGCUGAUCGCGGGCCCGACAGGCGUCGCCUACGCUCUCCUCUGCUUGUCCGCCCGUCACCCGGACCUACGCAUCCAGGGUCACAACCUUGUGCACUGGGCCGGCAAGUACGUCGAGGGCGACCGCGGGACGCUCGUUCUCCAGGACGGGUGCUGCGGCUUCGUUGCCGAGGUGCUCGCUCUCGACGCCGUGCGCGCCUGCGUCACCAAGGACCGGCGCUGCGUGACGGCGCUGCUCGCGCACAUGCCGAGACUGCUCGAGCCCGCGUCGGGGGAGGGCGCCGACAAGUUUCCCGCCGAGAUGAUAUACGGCAGGGCGGGCAUGCUCUACAUGCUGCGCGCGGUGCGCCACUGGGUGCCCGACUCCGCGGACCUGCUCGAGGAGCCCAUAGCCCGCCUGGCGCGCCGCAUCUUGGACAAGGACGACGACGGCAAGGGCCACUGGGUGUGGAACGGCGAUCGAUACUUUGGAGCCCCCCACGGCGACAUUGGCACCCUGGCGCAGAUUGUGCUAUGCGUCCCGACGCUCGCCCCUGAGCUCGCUGGCCUGCUCGAGGAGCUCCUGGACCUCCAGAGCGACGAGGGCAACUGGAUUCACACGGCCAAGGCCCUCGAAGCCGGCGAGGCUGCCGUCCGGGUGCAGUUCUGCCACGGCGCGCCGGGAUUCGUCUUUGCGCUGCAAUCGCUGCGCCCUCACUACCCCGACUUCGCCGAGCGGUUCGACAAGGCCAUUCACAAGGGCCGUGAGGUCACCUGGGCCAAGGGCGUGCUCAAGAAGGAGCCGAGCCUCUGCCACGGCGUGCUCGGUAACGCAUUGUAAGUCCAAGCUGACCAUGGUCCGACGGCGAAGAGAAAGCAGGCGAGGCUCUCGCGCGAUGAGCCGUCCGGAGCUGACCGACGUAACGUUCCAGAUCGCUGGAGAAGGGAUCGAGGAGGAGCCACUUCCUCGCGCUGGCGACGCCGGACGCCGUUGCCGAGACCCGGGCGCGCGACGCAACACUCUUCAAGCCGGCCAACUAUGGGCUCGAAAACUCCGCGCUGCUGGGAUAUUGGCCGAGCGCGGCGUGGGCGUGGUCGAUGUGCGAGGACGAGGAACCGCGGAUGCUAUUUUUCAACGACGUCUAGGCGGAAGUGCCGUCCUGCACGCCCUCGUCGUCGAAGCCGCUGGAGGCACGAUUUCGCCUCGGUGGUGCGUCCCCCUUGAUGGGCUGAUAUUUCGCGGUAGCGCCUUCGCUGGCCCUUCGUGUAAGUGGAACGGUAGACUGCGGCCUGGUUUAGAUGUAUCCCCGACUCGUUGAUUGGCUGCAGGCGCAGUCCGGGGCAUUUGGAGAUGGUUUGGCGGGCAAACCUUGUCGAACGUCUGGAUCGCUUGCCUCUGUGGAGGCCAGCCGCCACCCUGGGUGAUACGAGAUGAUGUCAACCAUUCCUGCGCGGCCAGCAAGCGCGUAGGUCAUGAAUAGCCAAGCAUCACCACCCCUAGCCCCCUCGUCGCCUCGAUUGACUACCCACUACCUCCUAGCACGGC